AUGAUCACAGAGGAGUUGUUUUCUGCGUUUGUGCAGCAGGCCUGGUGCGACCUCGCGGCGCCGCGGGCGGAGACCCAACUGCACGGCAACGGCGACCCCGCGCAGCGGCCGCGGCAACAGCAACCCCCGCGGCGCUGCGGCGCCCCAUCGAUGUUGGACCGCGCCGCCCCCACCGCGUCCGCGCGCUCGCCGCUGGAUCACCCGGACCUGCUCAUGGCGUACUACAACGCGAGCCGCAACGCCCUGCUGCGGUACCACUGCGACGUGCCAUUUCUGCAGCCGCGCGCGACCUACCCGCUGCACCAGCGUGUCUCACCUGCGUUUGUGGGUCAGCCAAGCAUGCGGCCGCCGCGACACCACGCGCGCAGCCACGCUCGCAGCCACGCGCCCACGGCUAGCAACCGAAACUCCUCCGCCUACGCGCACGGACGCCACGAAGGUGAGGCGCCGUCGCCGCCCACCGAUGCGAGCUACCGCGUGGGGCGCCACACGGAGCUGCGUGGGCCGACGGUGAUGCCAAACACCGUGGCGGAGCCGUCGCGCAGCAGCUGGGGGGCAUUCACGGAGGACGACGACAUGCUUCCAGAGGAGGGGCGCCCCUCGUGGUCUCCUCGGCAAAUGCGCUACCGUCUUGCCUCCGGGAGCAGUGCCGGUUACCCACGUGAAAGCUCCGGGGUCCCGGUUGACGCGUUGAACUACGGCUGCUUUAGCGACGACGACGACGACGACAACGACGACGGCGACGGCGAGGAGUUGGUGGGGCGGCCAACCGUGCGGCUGGGCCCUCCGCGCGGGGACUGA